GCGCAAAGGGGAGAAGGCGGGCACUUCCGGGAGAACACAGGUGUAGAGCCCAGCGCCGCGCCCCUAGCCGGACGGGUCCCCGAAGCUGGCAGGAUGAAUGUGGGGGUAGCACACAGUGAAGUAAAUCCCAACACUCGAGUGAUGAACAGUCGGGGCAUCUGGCUGGCCUACAUCAUCUUGGUAGGACUGCUGCAUGUGGUUCUACUCAGCAUCCCUUUCUUCAGCAUUCCUGUUGUCUGGACCCUGACCAACGUCAUUCAUAACUUGGCAAUGUAUGUCUUCUUACAUACAGUGAAAGGGACACCCUUUGAGACUCCUGACCAAGGAAAAGCUCGACUUUUGACACACUGGGAACAGAUGGACUACGGGCUCCAGUUUACUUCUUCUCGCAAGUUCCUCAGCAUCUCUCCUAUUGUACUCUACCUACUGGCCAGCUUCUACACGAAGUAUGAUGCUGCUCAUUUCCUCAUCAACACUACCUCACUGCUCAGUGUACUGCUGCCUAAGUUACCACAAUUCCAUGGGGUUCGUCUCUUUGGCAUCAACAAAUACUGAAGGAUGGGCUGAAGACAACUACAUAGGCAUGGAGAAGGCACUGGGACGAAGACUAACAUUUUUUUUUUUCCACUUCUCCAUUCUGAGAACUAUAGAACCUUUCCCAAACUCCCAGGAAGCAAAGAAAUUAGAAAUUGUUGCUCUUGUUAAAGACAAGACUUUGAGUCAGGAAAGGCAGAUGAGAUUAAUGGCCAAAUCACCCUGUGUAACAGGAUGCCAUCCAUGUUUGAGCAGCUUUUUCCUUCUCUACCACCUUCUAGUUCUGUUUUGCUGUGUAUUUUCCUCAUAAUAAAAAUAAUUUUUUUCAGCUGCCACUUGGUCAGCAAGGAUAGGGUGAUGUCAUAAUGCUGGGAAGGAAAUACAGCACACUGACUUACUUAGAAAAUUUUAAAUCAUUUGUUAUCCCUUUGCCUUUGGUAUAGUAGGUUUCCUUCACUCUCAGCUAACUUGGCAGAGGAAAGAUUCUGAAUUGAGAAAAGGGGCUCCCCAACUAUGUGGGCAAAGAAGAAAGGGAAGAUAUAGGUUGCCAGUUAUAUAUUUAUAGAAAGAUAAUCCCCUGGCUUUAAAUAGAUAUGUACAUACAAAUAUGAACAAACUUAAAAAAAUACAAACCCUUGGAUCACAUUGGGGCUUCUGCAAAGUCCCUUUAUCCUUCCCCCUCACCCAAGGGUAGAGGGCAUGAGUCUGCUUUUUAAAAAUUAUUAAUUUUGGCCAUCCUUGCAGCAACAAGCCAGACAUUGGGUAAUCUUCCCACAAGGUGAAAAGUCAGAGGAAAAAUUCCAUUUCCACUCUUUGAACUCUUAUGCCUCUUCACAAUUAGGGCUACAUGCUUUCUCAUUCUCUUUUUGACUAAUAUCUCAGGUUAAAAGAGGAGGUUCCCCCUAAAAUAAAAUACACUCAGUUUAAAAGGGGGUGUCAUUUGCCCUAAAAGCAAGUAAGACAAUCGUUUACUGACCUUAGG